AUGAGCAAGUUGGUUUUUAAAUAUUUCGACUGCUACGGCCGUGGAGGCACCGUCAAAUUGCUUUUCAAGCUGGCGAACGUCGACUUUGAAGAUGUGAUCGUCCCCUUUGAAACGUGGAAUGAAGAUAAAGCCGGUCUCGGGCUUCCUCUUGACCAGCUUCCAGUUUUGGAAGUGGACGGUUUCACCCUCUGCCAAACCAAGGCGAUUGAGCGAUACGCCGCGACUAAAGCGGGCCUCAUUGGCAAGUGCGCAUUGACCGACGCAAAGGGAGAGAUGCUUUUGGAAACGAUCAGCGAUGUCCGCCAAAAAGUAUCCGUCGGGCUGAUGGGCGCCGUGGCCGCUCAAUUUCCCACCGAGCCAAACAGUUUCAAGCUCGUCGAUAACACACAAGAGAACAGAGACAAACGAGCCGCUGUCAUGAGUGAAACUUACAAAAAGAUGAUGAUGGAAAAAACUGCCGACUUCGAUAAAGUGCUGAGCCUCAUUCAGACCAACGAAAACUUCUGCGUUGGCGAUGCGCUCACCUUCGUCGACAUUCAAGUUGUCUCGUACUACAUCUUCGCCAAGGACAAGCACUUUUCUUACGACUUCGAGAAAGCUACGCCCAAGCUUUUCAAGACAGCCGAAAACAUCAUCAACAAGAAUCCAAAAAUCAAAGAAUUCGUGGACGACUUCUUCGCCAGCGGAAAACCUUGUACUGGUCUUGGAAACAUGUACUGA